GUCCGAGCGGCGGAACGCUGCACAUAAACCCGGCUUGAAUCCUCCCUGGAAGCAUCCGCAGGGUGACAGAGGGUCAGCACGGAGCGAGCGCUGGUUUCUGUCCGUGACCCAGCUUCUUCCUUCCCCAAACGCGGCCAGGCUGGGACACUCCGGCCUCGCAAGUGCGAGAGCUGGGGGUUCACUUUGCUCGGCGCAAAGCGCCCAAAAGACAGGCAAGUGUUUUCAGCGUGAGCCAGGAGCGAGAACCUGCCCAGUGCCACAAGGAGAACACAUCAAACACAAACCACACUGGGACGUCCUGAAGGGCAGCGGGGCUGCGGUAGUCAAAUGUGUGCAUUGUAGAUGCAUCGAGGUCCUGAUUGCAGGGGAAAUACCAAGUAACUGCUCUGGGCUCUUGGCUUCCGAGGCUCGGGUGUUGCAAUGUGGGAGCUGCACACUCAGAAGAAGCGAGAAGUCCAAGUUAUGAAGUGAUUGAUGUCUGUGGAGGGAGGUGCUGGUACAGGAGGCUCAGGGGUGAGGUUUGCUCUUUGGCUUCACUGUGAAGGGCUUGUGCUGCUGCUGACUGCUUCUGGUCGCUGAAGGCAGGCUGGGAUGGUUCUGUGAAAGAAGAAGAAAUACAAAAAUGGAGCUUUGCAACUAGUUCAGAGAACAGUAAUUGAAGGGGAAACGAGUGAGUUGCCAGUCUCAGUUGCUGGGGUCGCUGUAAUGCUGGUCGGCACGGUGCCUGUUUGCUCAGGCAUUCGUUUGUAGCCGCUUGCUAAUGCUGCACAUGAGUUAGUGGCGAGACUUUAAAGUCAGUCUUUGGCUGGCCUGGCACACCAGCACAACCCCAUCCUUGAAAAGCUGCUGCACUUCACUUUUUCCAUGCUUAUGUUUUAUAUAGCUUGGAAUAAAUAGUUGUGCUAUCGCCUGGUACCCUGAGCAUAGAUCCUUUUGUGACCUUGAACAAAUCCCUGGAGUUACCAGGGUUUGGUUUAUCCUUUACAGGGAUAGUUCCCCUGUGCUUAGUUGUUAGUGCUGGGGUCAGAGAGAGCGUCUUGGGGAUUAAAUCACGUUCUUGAAGCGCUUUAACACUCCUAAAGGCGGUGUGCAAGGCACGUGCCCAGCUUUGCUGCUGCUCUUACAGGUUCUGCUCUUGGAACUGGAUCCACAUGGGCAAGUCGUCGUGUCCAUGCAAGGCACUGUUGAGCUUCCAGCAGCCACCGGUUCCCAUGUGUGAAGAUGUCCUUAGUGGACCUGGGCAAGAGGCUGCUGGAAGCAGCUCGCAAAGGCGAAGAUGCCGAAGUGCGGAAGCUGAUGGCGAGCGGCGCUCCCUUCACCACUGACUGGCUCGGGACGUCGCUGCACCUCGCUGCCCAGCAUGGCCACUACUCAACGGCCGAAGUUCUCCUCCGAGCCGGUGUGAGCAGAGAUGCCCGAACAAAAGUGGACCGGACGCCGCUGCACAUGGCCGCGGCCGACGGGCACACGCACAUUGUCGAGCUGCUCAUUAAGAACGGGGCUGAUGUGAACGCCAAAGACAUGCUGAAAAUGACGGCUUUGCACUGGGCAGCGGAGCACGACCACCGCGACAUCGUGGAGCUGCUCCUCAGGCACGGAGCGGAUGUCCAUGCUUCCAGCAAGUUCGAUAAGUCAGCUUUUGAUAUUGCUUUGGACAAGAACAAUCCAGAGACUCUGGUAAUGCUGCAGGAAGCGAUGCAGAGCCAGGUGAACACUCAUCCAGAGAGAACGAAUCCCAUCACCAACACCGUGACUCUCACCUCCCCGUUUCUUCUCACGCCAGGUGAGGUUCUUGACCUCACUGGUCUCGUCUCUUCAGCAAGUGCCAAAACCACCUCAGGUGAUUCCCUUGGCUCCACGCUGCACUUUGCCAACUCACCGACCUCGGUGCUCGCCACGCUCGCAGCCCUGGCCCAGGGGUCGGCACCGCUCGCCAGCUCGGGCAGAGCCCCAGGUAAGCCAGAGGAAGCCGCGGAAGCAGGUUCUGCCGGUUGUGCCACACAACACGUGCUUGGCAGCGGAGGGCAGCGCAUCAUCGCCAUCGUGUCGGACAGCAUUCCCCUGGGCAGCCUGCAGACAGCCCUCCCCAGCAGCAGCCUCAGCCAGCCCUUCAUCCUGAGCGUGCAGGAUGGGCAGCAAGUGUUAGGUGUACCUGCUGGUCAGGUUGCAGAAGAGGCUGCUGUUGAAGACAGAGAUUACACAGAAGAGGAGGAGCAGCCGGUGGCCAAGAAGCAAAGAGUGGAACAAAACGCGUAUGACUCGGGAGAAGACAAGGGCAGCGUGGAAAGGGAAGUGCUGCAGCAGCAGUUGCAGGAGGCGAACCGGCAGGCUCAGGAGUAUCGCAGCCAGCUGGUGAGGAAGGAGCAGGAGGCAGCGGGGUGCCGGCUGAAGCUGGCGGCCAUGGGCGGGCUCGGGCAGCUCGCCCAGCUUGACCCCCUUGUGGUAACCUCAGCAGACAUCAAGGAAUCCGUGUUGUCCGUGCUGGAAACAGCUCAGUCGACUGAUACCGCCGUGGAAACCUCCUAAUCCUGGGGUUUCUAAAGGAAAACAACGGGGUUGCCUUUGUUAAAUAAGGUGCUGUUGGCAGCCGUCGGUGUGUGCAGAGAGCUCGUGUCAAAGCCACCCCAUCGCCAGGGGCAGGAGCUUCUGCAGCCACUUGCAACGUAACUCUGCUUUCAGCACGGUGCCAAAGGUGCUUUUAAAGCUUCCCCUGGAGAAACUGGAAGCUUUUUAACAACGUUUUAACCGGCGAGUGACCUGACGGCUUACUCUGUGGUGUCAAUACCUGCAUUGUUGGGGAGGGGGAAGGAAAAACCUCCUUGCCAAAGCAGCUGGUAUUAGCUCUCAGCUGCCUGGAAACUAGAGCACUGAAAACAGCCUUUCUGGAAUAAUCCGAGGUGUUCGCUCCCUUCUGUGAAGUCGAGUGACCAGAUCGGGACCUUCAGUAAAAGCAGUCUCUUGGGGUGUUGCUUUAAAAACCUUCGGAGGUGUGGAAGGGAUUUCCCCUUUCAGCCAGGAAGGGAAUUCCAUGGGUUUUUCUGCCAAACCCACGAAUCUGAGCUUUUGGAUUGAGGCAACCUUCAAUGCAAGAGUAAAGGCAGGGGUGAAUGUCAGCCGGAGCGUCAGGGAACGCGACGCUUCCCCCUCUUUCUUUCUUUCAGGGACAGUUCAGGGGAGUCCUUUGACCCCUUCACAGCCUAAAGGGAUCACCAAAAAAGUGCCUCCUAAAUUUUAGGGUAUUUGUCAAAUGUUCUGUUUGAUGCUUGGGUAGCGUUGACUGAUUAUAUGUGCAGAACUCUGCUGCUGCUCAGAGCUUGGGUGAGGAGCCGUCCCUGCAGACACACACGUCACCUUUUUACUGAACAGUUUUUAAGGGAACUAAAGCCCUUUUUAAGAAGCACCUGAUCUUGUUGCCAAAAUAUUCCUGCCUUGUUUGCUCUUUGCAGGCCUGUUUAGCGCAGGGAGCUCUUUAGCCCGGCAGAUUGUGGGCUUCAAAAGCCGGGAAGUGAUGGGAAGGGCCCAGAGUAACCCCGUGGAGCUCGCUCAGGGGUGCUCAUCAAGUGAAGUUUAGGAAAACACCACAAAGAACUGGAGGUUGGAAAGAAUCCCAUGGCACGAGCUAAAGGUUCCAAGGGUGAAGAGGGGUUUGCAGCAGCGAGGCCACGGCCCUGCCUGCUCUGAGAGUGGCUUCUUGCAGCAGGAUGAAACCCCUCACUCUUCUGGCCCCUCAUUGCUUUGGGGGUUCAUUUUUAUGGGGGUUUUGUUCCCAUUUUGGAACCACUCUCAGGGUUCAAGGUAAUCAUUUGUUUUCCCAGUCCUUGCAUUGCCUUUGUCCCUGUUACUUCCAAGGGUGUUGGGCUAAGAGUGGUUUUCUCUUGGUUCUCUUUGUUAAUGCUGCUUUGCCAAUAGAUCAGUCCAUAUCCCGACGUCGGCGAUGGAGUCCGGACUGAUGAGUUCGGAAAGGUUCUGAAGGAAUUCCGUCACGGCUCUGGAGGAAUUACUCACCCCAAGAGGAAACUGCUUUUCCCCCUAAAACCAGUGUGUUGCUGGCAGUUGGGCCUGAAGGGAAGGCAGGAUGUGCCCAAAUCCCAUCUUCAGCAGCGUUCCACCAUCGGGCUCUCCAGCCAGUGGUGGGAGACGGGGGUGUCCGACCCUGUUGUCAUAAAGCUUUGUGAGACUGGAGGGUUGGGAGGAUCCAAGUGCAUUUAUUUAUAACCCGUGUAGCUCUAUUUAUAAACAAGACUUUUUAUAUCUUUGUUCUGAA